UCAACUACCCGACAAAUGGUCCACAAAUCCAUCCAUCCAAGCUAAUUGCCAUCCCUAUAUAAGAAUAAGCGCCGCCGCAUGAAAGUAAAACCAAAUCCCACCGUGUCUGAACCAGCCUGUUGAGGUAGCCACUGGAAAAAAGGAAAGAAAAAAAGGCACCUCGACGACUUGUGAUACUACUUCGGCCAGCCUGGCCAGCAGCCAGCUCCUCGCAAACUAAAAAACAUCAACAGCAACAAUAACAACAUCAAGCACAACACCAACAACCAACCAACCAACCAAGCCAAGCCAAAGCCACCAGUUCAGUGAGGCAACAAGGAGGAGGAGGUGUUGUACGAAUCCAUCCAUAAACUGUCGAUGGUCAUGCUCGCAGCGCUCUUUGCAGUUGUUCAGCGGCGUUGGACGAAUACGGACGCGAGUGAAAGUGAAAUCGCGGGUUUUGCUCACACACUAUUUUUUCGAAAGGCGGUUUUUUCGAUCGUGACGUUGUUAAACUGGUUUUAAUAUUUUUGUGUACAUCACCCGAAUAGUUUGCUGCUGCCGCUGCUGCUGUGCCAGUUCCCGUAAGGCAGCUACCGUCGACGGUGUGCCAUAUUAAUCCGACGGAGGAGCAAGACCUUCGCGUGCCCUAAUCCUAACACAGAGAACCCCGGACACGUGCUCGAAUUUCAAAUGUUAUCCAAGGGAAUCCGGAACCAAUAUUUUGCAACAAUAUGUGCAAACCUCGCCACACUCAUAUACGGUUUGUCCAUCGGCUGGCUGUCACCAAACUUGGAACUGCUGCUGUCCCCCGCCACACCGCUCAGUUCCGGUACGAUCACCCCCUCCGAAGCCGGCUGGAUCGGCUCGAUCGGAACGGUAGGAUGCGUCCUCGCCGUGCUCAUCUGCGGCUGGGUAGCCGAAAUCGCCGGCCGGAAGGCCGCCCUUAUGCUCAUCGGCGUAACGCAGCUGGCCAGCUGGGUCGUCGUGAUCUUCGCCUCUAACCUCAACAUGAUCUAUACGUUUAGGAUCCUGGGCGGUUUCGCCGGAGGAGGCACUUUGUCCGUCAUACCCCUAUUUGUGUCGGAAAUCUCUGAGGAUAAAAUUCGUGGAAGUCUGGGAGCCGUUUUAUCCAUCACUUGCAAUAUAGGCAUACUGUUAGGUUUUAUCCUAUGUUACUAUUUAGAAUACUAUACAGUUUCUUACAUCGCGUUAGCGUGCUGCAUUUUAUACUCUGUUGGGUGUAUGUUCCUACCCGAAUCUCCGCAAUAUCUGUUUACCAAGGAAAAGAAAGAUAGAGCGAUAAGGUCCCUACGCUUCUACCGAGGAGAAGCCGACAAUGAAUCGUCGAAAUUUAUUUCGGAAGUUGCCAGAUUCAAGGAAAUGCACAGCAACGCCCCGAAGGACUCUACCAGAAAAGUGCAAUUACAUAUUAAAGAUUUAUUAAACAAACCAACCUUGAAAGGCAUUUUAAUUUGUGUCAUAGUGAUGAUGUUCCACCCGAUGUCCGGGUCGGUAACACUCAUCACCUUUACCGAUAGCAUUUUCCGCGAGUCGGGCUCGGAUCUGCCGCCGGCCACCUGCGCCAUGAUUGUGGCUGCCAUCCAGCUGGUCGGCUCCUACGUGUCCUCGGUGACGGUGGACAACGCCGGCCGGAAGGUGCUCCUCAUUACCUCAGCGCUGGGCUGUGCAAUUUGCUCCGCCACGAUGGGAACCUAUACAUUCCUGAACGUGAGCGGGGUCGACCUGACUUACUUCAAAUGGAUCCCGGUGACCACCCUGUCCGGGCUGGUGUUCAUCACCGCGAUCGGAAUCGGUAUAGUUCCAUUCAUCAUCAUGCCGGAGAUCCUGGAGCCCCGAGUGCGCGGCUUUGUCAUCACGUGGUGUUUGCUCGAGUUCCACGCGGUCGCAUUUUUAGUGGUGAAAUUUUUCCCAACCGUGGUGGAGAAAAUCGGCCUCUACCCGGUCAUGUGGUUCUUCUCGUGCUGCUGCGUGGCGUCAGCACUAUUUGUGAUAUUCUACGUGCCAGAAACAAAAGGUAAAAGCUUCGAAGAAAUCACCGAAUCGCUCGAUUCUGAGAAGAAAACCGUACCAAAGCGAACCUCCCUGGAUGUUUAAAUGUGCUAUACUAAUCGAGUCAAACAAACAAAAUGAUUAUCAAGAGAAAAGUUACAACAAAAUGCUGUAAAGUAUACAAUAAAAAAUGGCAACUACGCGCAUGACAAGUUCAAAUGCUAGAUUUAAAUUGUUUUAAGCUUUAAUUUUUAUAUGUAUAAAAUUUAUUACGUUAAUAAAUGUAAGUCAUUUUUAUAUUA